AAUUCACCUUUUUCAGGACGAACUGGCCCGAGUGUUUGUCACACUGUUUGACGCCAAGCACCUGCUCUCACCUCUCCUCUGGAACAUGUUCUACCGGGAGGUGGAGGUGUCCGACUGCAUGCAAACACUCUUCCGGGGUAACUCACUCGGCUCCAAGAUCAUGGCCUUCUGCUUCAAGAUCUAUGGCGCUUGUUACUUGCAGAGUCUGCUGGAGCCCUUGGUCAGGCCUCUCAUUGAAGACCAGGCUCCCAGUUUGGAGGUGGAUCCGGCCAGAUUGGGAACUGGAGAAGACAUUGAAGAAAAUAGAAGAAAUCUAAUAGCGCUCACACAAAAAGUGUUUGAUGCUAUCGUAUCAUCAGCGGACAAAUUUCCACCUCAGCUUCGCAGUAUGUGCCACUGCUUGUACCAAGUACUCAGCAAGCGCUUUCCACAGGUUCCACAGAACAAUAUUGGAGCUGUCGGAACUGUUAUAUUUCUCCGUUUUAUCAACCCAGCAAUAGUAUCGCCCCAGGAGAUGGGAAUUGUGGGGAAGGUGGUUCCCCAACCAGUGAAGCGAGGUUUAAUGCUGAUGUCAAAAAUACUUCAAAACAUAGCAAACCACGUGGAGUUCAGCAAGGAACAACACAUGAUACCAUUCAAUGACUUCCUUAGAGCUCACUUUGAAGUAGGACGAAGAUUUUUCAUCCAAAUAGCAUCAGAUUGUGAGACGGAGGACCAAGGUUCCCAUUCAAUGUCAUUCAUCAGCGAUGCCAACGUUCUGGCUUUGCAUCGACUGCUCUGGAACCAUCAGGAGCGCAUCGGAGACUACCUGAGCAGCAGUCGGGACCACAAGGCUGUGGGGCGUAGGCCCUUCGACAAGAUGGCGACACUGUUGGCAUAUCUCGGACCUCCGGAGCACAAGCCGGUGGACUCACAUCUGCUGUUCUCGUCUUACGCACGAUGGAGCUCCAUUGACAUGUCCAGCACCAACUUUGAGGAGAUCAUGGUGAAACAUAACAUGCAUGAGAAGGAGGAGUUCAAGAGCAUCAAGUCACUGAACAUAUUCUACCAAGCAGGCACGUCCAAGGCGGGUCACCCUGUUUUCUAUUACAUUGCCCGAAGAUACAAGAUUGGUGAGACCAAUGGAGAUCUACUGAUUUAUCAUGUAAUUCUCACACUGAAGCCUUUCUGUCACUCACCGUUUGAACUGGUAGUAGACUUCACACAUACGUGCUCCGAUAACCGAUUCAGGACUGAAUUUCUUCAGAAGUGGUUUUAUGUCCUACCUGAAGUGGCGUAUGAGAAUAUCCAUGCAGCCUAUAUCUAUAAUUGUAACUCAUGGGUGAGAGAGUAUACAAAAUUCCAUGACAGGAUGUUGAUACCUCUUAAGGGUAAUCGGUCUCUAAUAUUCAUAGAAGCUCCAGCUCGUUUGAAUGACGUUAUUGAUCCAGACCAACAGAAACUGCCAGGUGCUACACUUUCGCUGGACGAGGACCUGAAAGUCUUCAACAACGCCUUGAAACUUUCACACAAAGAUACAAAAGUUGCAAUAAAAGUUGGUCCAACCGCUAUCCAAAUAACAUCCUCGGAGAAGACUAAGGUGCUGUCACACUCUGUUUUACUGAAUGAUGUAUACUAUGCAUCAGAGAUAGAGGAGGUCUGUCUGGUGGAUGAUAACCAGUUCACACUCACCAUUGCCAACGAGUCGGGUCCACUCUCGUUCAUUCAUAAUGACUGUGAUAGUAUUGUGCAAGCCAUAGUUCACAUCCGCAACAGAUGGGAGUUGUCUCAACCGGAUUCAGUAACUGUGCACCAAAAAAUAAGACCGAAAGACGUUCCAGGAACACUGUUGAACAUGGCUUUAUUAAAUCUUGGCUCUUCAGAUCCAAAUCUAAGAACUGCAGCUUAUAACCAACUUUGUGCUCUAACUGCUACAUUUGAUCUUAAGAUCGAAGGACAGCUAUUGGAGACUUCAGGGUUGUGUAUUCCAUCUAACAACACAAUUUUCAUCAAGUCAGUUAGUGAGAAGCUGGCCACCAAUGAGCCCCAUCUGACCUUGGAGUUUCUUGAGGAAUGCAUUCAAGGUUUCCGAGUUUCAACCAUAGAGUUGAAACAUUUAUGUCUCGAAUAUAUGACACCAUGGCUGGCAAAUUUAGUCAGGUUUUGCAAACCAUCAGAUGAAAGCAAACGGCAACAGAAAGUGGCUCAAAUUUUAGAAAAACUUAUCUUACUCACAAUUCAGGAAGAACAAAUGUACCCAUCUAUUCAGGCUAAAAUAUGGGGAUCCAUUGGUCAGGUGCCUGAGCUCAUAGACAUGGUGCUAGACAGUUUCAUUAAGCGGUCAGGAGAGGUGGGGGUCGGCUCUCCUGUGGUGGAAAUACUGGCCGACACAGCUGUGGCUCUUGCCUCGGCAAACGUACAAUUAGUCGCUAAGAAGAUCAUUGGAAGACUAUGCAGGGUGCUGGAUAAGACAUGCACAUCGCCUACUCCCACACUGGAGCAGCAUGUGCUGUGGGAUGACAUUGCCAUCCUGGCCCGCUAUCUGCUCAUGUUGUCUUUCAACAACUGCCUGGAUGUCGCCCGCCACCUGCCCUACCUCUUCCAUGCGGUCACACUGCUCGUGUGCUCCGGCUCUCUCAGCAUGCGUGCCAGCACUCACGGUCUCGUCAUCAAUAUCAUACACUCUCUGUGCACCUGCACCAUGCCCCAAUUCACCGAGGAGGCCCAGCGAGUGCUCCGCCUCAGCUUAGAUGAGUUCUCUCUGCCCAAGUUCUAUCUUCUGUUUGGAAUCAGCAAGGUCAAGUCCGCUGCCGUUACAGCCUUCAGGUCCAGCUAUCGCAACCCUACUGACACACGGCUUGGAAAUGAGAGGUAUUUUACAGGACUCCCAACUGACAGGGAAAGACUCUCCCUUACUUCACUGGAAGUGAUAACCGAUGCAUUGCUUGAAAUAAUGGAGGUUUGUUUUGAUAUUAUCAGGUUUAAGAAU